UCUCUUCUCCCAGUCCGCAAAGCGUUGCAGGCACACACGUGGUAGCAAUGGAUGCGGGCAGGUUGCAGUUUCAUGAAAUGGGGCUGGAUGAUCGCCUUUUAAAGGCGCUGGCUGACCUGGGCUGGGCACAGCCUACCCUGAUCCAGGAGAAAGCCAUCCCGCUGGCACUGGAUGGGAAGGACCUCCUGGCUCGAGCCAGAACUGGUUCUGGCAAAACCGCUGCCUACGCCGUGCCAAUCAUCCAGCACAUCCUCUCUGUCAAGCAGGCAGUGACGGAGCAGGCAGUCCGAGCCCUCAUCCUGGUCCCCAGUAAGGAGCUGGGACAGCAGGUACAGAAGAUGAUCCGUGAGCUGACUGCCUUCUGUGCCAGGGACGUGCGUGUGGUUGACCUCUCCGGCCAGGCGGAGCUCUCCGCACAGAGGAGAAACACGAAGCGUUUAGCAUUUGGAGAAUGCAGCAGAUGGAAAGCUGCUACAUCACUGGCGGGUUUCACAGACACUGAGCAGCACUUGUUCAGAUGUAGAGCUAGAAUGGGAAUGAGUUUUAAUGUCUGUGCGUAUCCUCAUAGCCACCUGCCCAAAAUCUACCAGGCUUUCCUGAUGUCUGCCACGUUUAACGAAGACGUCCAGUCCCUGAAGAAGCUGGUUCUGCACAACCCGGUGACUCUGAAGCUGCAGGGCUCCCAGCUGCCAGGCAGCUCCCAGCUCACACAGUACCACAUUCGCUGUGAGGAGGAGGACAAGUUCCUGCUCAUCUACACCCUGCUGAAGCUGGCCUUGGUCCGGGGCAAGACCCUCAUCUUCAUCGAGACCAUUGACCGCUGCUACCGCCUCAAGCUCUUCCUGGAGCAGUUCAGCAUCCCUGCCUGCGUGCUCAACUCGGAGCUCCCUGUGCACUCCAGGUGCCACAUCAUCGGGCAGUUUAACCAGGGGUUCUACGAUUACAUCAUCGCCACGGAUGAGCAGAGUCUAGGGGACCCCCCUGCCCUGCCCGGGGGCCAGGGCAAGAAGGGCAAGAAGAAGAAAGCCCAGGGCAGCAGCGGGAGAGACAAAGAGUACAGUGUCUCGCGAGGGAUCGAUUUCCAGAACGUGGCUAAUGUUAUUAACUUCGACUUCCCCCCGACGGUAGAGUCCUACAUCCACCGUGUCGGCAGGACAGCCCGCGCGGAUAACCGAGGAACAGCCCUAACCUUCGUAUUGCACACACAGCUCCCCAUGCUGGCUGAAAUAGAAGAUGCCCUCACUGCAGAGAAUGCAGACUGUGCCCUGAAACCCUACGAGUUUAAGAUGCAGGAGAUUGAGGGGUUCAGGUACAGGUGUCGGGAUGCCAUGCGCUCCGUCACCAAGCAGGCUGUGAAGGAGGCCCGUCUGAAGGAGAUCAAACAGGAGCUGCUCAACUCUGAGAAACUCAAAACGUACUUUGACGAUAACCCUCGAGACUUCCAGCUGCUGCGCCACGAUAAAGCUCUGCACCCCGCUAUUAUCAAACCCCACCUGAGGAACGUUCCAGAGUAUCUCAUCCCUCCCACGCUGAGGGGUGUCGCCCAUCCUGUAAUACGUAAGAAGAGACAGAGACGACCACAGGGCAUAGCCGGGGGCAGAGAAAUGAAGAACUUCAAGCAACAACAUAAGAAGAGGAACCCUCUGAAGAGCUUCAGAUACACAGGGAAGCAGGGCCAGGGGAAGAGUGGUCGAGGAGCGAAGUCCUAGACCAGUGAGAGGCAGGACUGGACUGGGGGCGGGGUUAGGGAUACCUGCAUCAAAAGAGAAGUCAAUGACUGUUUGUUUGGGGCAGUGUUGGGUUCAUGCCACCAAAGACUGGAGACUCGAUCUACAGAGUUUGUGUUGCCCACCUUCCUCUCAUCCUUUCUGUAGGUGAGGAGAACUUUAAACUCCACGCUGAUGAGGGCGUUCGCUUCAUAACAUCGUUUGCUUAAUCUCUGUAGCAGUCAGCCUGAAUAUUGAAACCCGGGAUUGAGUACCGGGCUGCUGCUGCUUUUUUUUCGAACUGUAGAGAUUGUGUCCUUCUGGGCUUCAAGCUGUGGUCUACCAAGCACACCUCCUCUUCUCAUGUCCUUUUUAAAACGUUGAGGUGCCAUUUACUCUGAGACCAUCUGUAGAUUUGUGAAUGUGUUUACAAGGGUUCUGUCAGAUGUGCAGAAAUUAGGAUUUGGCAUAGGUGGUAUCAAGUUCUUUUUGUUUGUUUUUUUUUUUGUUAAAUUCAUUUUGGGAUCUUUUUAUUCAUGAGAUAUAAAGAAUUAUUAAAACAAAAAAAAAAGCUGUUUUGCCAGGCGGAAUUUCAUUUUCAGGGCAUGUUCUAUUCCAAUUCGGGGAAAGAAAGUCGUCAGGAAAGAAAAAUGUAAGUCUUUUGAAAGAUUGUUUAUAUUGUAUGACUUUGGUUGUAUUUUAAAUAUUCCUUGAACCAAGACAAACCCAUUUAGCAUGACUAGUAGCAAAGAAGCUCCACGCCUCAAUACCAAAGUCCUCCUUCUUCUAGAUGUUUUUAGGUUCUUGCUGUUCUCAUAUUGUGCAGCUGCUCCAUCACUGAAGUAGUAGACACGAAAUGCAGAAGGGAAGUUUGACUUCCCUUCUGCAUUGAACCCAGGAGCUGGCUUGAGGGUAAGCGAUGCUUCGAUUCAGUGUUUGAGUUGGAGCAAUUUCUUCCCAAGGGGCGAUGGUCUUAUCUGUUCACCUAAUUACAAUUUACAACAUCAGCAAUUUAGUGGUUUCUAUAUUUGCAUUCAAAUAAUCAGAUCAAAAUAUUAUCAUAAGUUAUCAUAACAACACGUCUAGGUCAAACCUGCUGUGCCAAAGUCCUACUGAUUGGAGAGUGUAACCAUUAUAACCAUGAUAUUGGUGGCAAUAAAAUAUUUCCAAGAUUUCCCAAAAACAAUUUGAUUAUAACGUUAUUUGUUGUAUCUAGGAUGGGGAAAACCAAUUGAACCUGCACUUUAAACCCAAAUGUCAGUCGCUUAUACUCUUAAUUCCAGUGCAGGAUACGGUGGCGUGGAGUCGGGUAUAUGCACAUGUCACACUCUGAACCACACAUGCUCUCUUACUGAUAGCAGAUCUGACUCGCACAGGUUUUGUUACUGAGAGCAGCUCUGAACCACACAUGCUCUCUUUCUUGCUCUGCUGAUAACGGCUUGUGCAGGGGCACGUUAUAUCAGUGUCACCCAGCAGUCUCCUAAACACGCUGCGUGAAAUCGUAAUCAUUUUUAAUCUGUUUUCUGGGCAUUUCACUCAUACAUAGUGUCAUGAACAAUUGUUUUAGUGACGGCUCGUAAACGGAGCACCGUGUCACUUGCGAGGAAUACUGUCCCUUUUACUCCCCACGUGAAUGGUCUUUUUCUUGUGAUAGAAGUACAGUAGCUAGGAUAGAGAUAAAGCUUUCUAAGAACUUGGCAGGGGUUGCUUUUUGUGAUAUCUAAGUAAUCAAAAGGCUUCUGCACACGAUGUACACAAUCAUAAUUGCUGUUCAUAAAUUCUCUUGUGAGUCUUCCGCAUAUAUAUCGCUUCAUUAUAACAUUUGCAUUUUAAUCACAUAGUUUUAUGAGGUACUAGCGGGAAAAACGAAAUAAUAAAAACGAUAUGACAUAAGACAAUCCUUAUCUGGCAUUGACAAAGUCCCGCAUAAAUGAUUAAUUCUCAAACUGAACGCAGUAGGGAUUCAAGGAAACACAUGUACAUGG